GCGCUGAUAUCCACCACCAUGAGGUUGGCAAUACGGACAACCCCAGCGAUGCUGCUGGCUCGUCGCUGGUGUGCCAGUGCACGCUGCACACCACUGAGGCCAGCUGGCACACGCACAGCAGCACAGCCGCCUUGUGCGGUGUCUUUGCAGACACACGGGAUUGCCCGGGGGUGCGGCCGCGCUGUUGUGAUGCCACACGUGCACCGCCGCAGCAUGCACGAUGAGCCGUCACUGAAGGACGAGGCUGUGCGCGCAUAUCUGGACCGCGUGUUGGAGCGGAGGCGCGAUCUGCAGACCACUAUCGUCCGCCUGGCAGAGGAAGGUGAUUCUGAAAGCGUCGUGGAGAAGACGCAGCUGCUAGCAAAGACAGACGCGCUGGCCGAGGCUGCCAGUGCCUGGUUUGAUCUCUCCAAGGAAAUGGAGGAGCUUGAACACAUGCAAAGAACAGAGACGGAUCCCGAUCUCAAAGCAAUGGCUGUCAGCGAGCUCAAGGAGGUGCGUGCGCGGGCCCCCGAGGUGGAGCAGCUGCUGCUUUCAGCGAUGGUCCCGCACGACGACGCCGACGACGGCAGUGCCAUUGUUGAGAUUCGCGCGGGAACCGGCGGCACAGAGGCCGCCAUAUUCGCCAAGGACUUGUACAAGCUGUACCAGCACCUGGCUGUGCGGCGCGGGUGGCGUGUACAGGAGAUGACGACGAGCUACACAGAGGGUGUUGGCUCUGACGACGGUCUCAAGGAGGUGACCUUCUCCGUCAACGGCCAGGACGCGUUUGGAUCCCUCAAGUUUGAGAGUGGGGUGCACCGUGUGCAACGAGUGCCGAUCACGGAAGCAGCGGGACGCAUCCACACGAGCACAGCAACAGUCGCCGUCCUCCCACAGGCGUCAGAGGUGACGGUGUCGAUUCACGAGCGGGACAUCAAGAUGGACACGUACCGGUCUGGCGGCGCCGGCGGGCAGCACGUCAACACCACCGACAGCGCCGUGCGCCUCACACACAUCCCAACAGGCAUUGUCGUUGCUGUCCAGUCAGAACGCUCCCAGCACAGGAACCGGGAUGUGGCGAUGAAGAUGAUUCGUGCGCGUGUGUACCAGCAGGAGCGCGAGAAAGCGCAGCUCGAACGCGCAGAACAGCGACGCGCCCUGAUUGGAGGAACGCCUGGCUCGCGCUCUGAUCGAAUUCGCACAUACAAUUUCCCGCAGGACCGCGUCACAGACCACCGCGUGAAUGUGCGGGCGUCGCUGUCGAGCGUGCUUGAGGACGACGGCCUGGACGGGAUCAUCUCAUCGCUUCGCCAGCACGACAACAUGGAGCGACUGCUGCACGUCUUGGAGGAGGACGCCGCUACACCACACACACACAGCGCUUAGCAUCAUCGUUACAGUGGCACGGGCUGUGUGUGUGUCCGUUUGUGCGUGUGUGUGCAUGUGUGUGCGCGCGUUUCUGUCUGUGUAAGCUUACAUUUAUGCGCCGCACACACACACACACCCUCGCUCAUAUGAUCAC